AUUUCGCAUUUCAAAAUCCUUAAACCAUCACAACACUCUCAACUUCAACACCCAUUCUCUUCCUUUCAUUUGUAUUUUCUACCCUCCAUCAAUCCCCAGCACCACUCUCCCCCUCUCUUUCUCUCUCACCCAAGGCCUGUUUUUGAUCGGUGCCCAACUCCCCUUAGCCAUUGGAUUUGAUGCCCAGCAUCUGUUCCCAGCAUUUCCACAUUUUCCCACUACGCUCCUUCCAUCGCUGUUGAAAAUUUCCCUUCGGACGAAACCAGAAAGGUUGUCAUGUGUUGCUUUUGUCAGUUCCAUUAGUUGUGUGGUGGUGUAUUGGCUUGGGUUGGUUGGUUUACUAAGAAGUAUUCGAACGGAAAGCUUAGGCUUGCAUGGGCGAGCAUGAGCCACCAAGUGGGAUAUUGCCAAAUGGCCUGUUUCCCAAUGAAGCCGCAUCGGUGAUGCGAGUGCUUGACAUGGAGCGGUGGUUGAAGGCUGAAGAAAGAAUUGCAGAGUUAAUUGCCUGCAUUCAGCCUAAUCCACCCUCUGAGGAGCGCCGGAAUGCAGUUGCGGAUUAUGUGCAGCGGCUGAUCAUGAAGUGCUUCCCUUGCCAGGUGUUCACCUUUGGAUCAGUACCCCUCAAAACUUAUUUGCCUGAUGGAGAUAUUGACUUAACAGCAUUCAGUAACAAUCAAAAUCCGAAGGACGCAUGGGCACAUCAGGUUCGUGACAUGCUCGUGAAUGAGGAAAAGGACGAAAAUGCAGAGUUUCGAGUCAAAGAAGUUCAGUACAUCCAGGCUGAAGUGAAGAUUAUAAAGUGUCUUGUUGAUAAUAUUGUGGUAGAUAUUUCGUUUAACCAGCUUGGAGGAUUGUGUACCCUUUGUUUUCUUGAGGAGGUUGAUAGUUUGAUUAACCAAAACCAUUUAUUCAAGCGUAGCAUUAUACUUAUAAAAGCUUGGUGUUACUAUGAGAGCCGUAUACUUGGUGCCCACCAUGGACUCAUCUCAACUUAUGCGUUAGAAACCUUGGUUCUUUACAUAUUUCAUGUUUUCAACAAUUCCUUUGCUGGACCACUUGAGGUAUUGUAUCGGUUUCUGGAGUUUUUUAGUAAGUUUGACUGGGAUAAUUUCUGCGUAAGCCUAUGGGGUCCAGUACCCAUUAGUUCGCUGCCAGAUGUGACAGCUGAACCUCCUCGGAAAGAUGGUGGAGAUUUACUGCUUAGCAAGUUAUUUCUUGAUGCCUGUAACUCAGUUUAUGCUGUUUGCCUUGGUGGCCAAGAAAAUCAGGGGCAACCCUUUGUUUCCAAAUAUUUCAAUGUUAUUGAUCCUCUGCGUGUCAACAAUAACCUUGGGCGAAGUGUCAGCAAAGGAAAUUUCUUUAGAAUACGCAGUGCUUUUUCUUUUGGGGCCAAAAAGCUGGCUAGAUUGCUUGAUUGCCCAAAGGAGGAAUUGUUUUUAGAAGUCAAUCAGUUCUUUAUGAACACUUGGGACAGACAUGGAAGUGGGCAGCGGCCUGAUGCUCCAAACAAUGACUUAUGGAAUUUGAGGUUAUCUAGUCAGGACCAAUUACAGGGGUCUGAGAAUCUCUGGAAAAAUAGCCAAAAAAUUGACAGUGCUUCUAAUUGUGAAUUUCAAAUCAAAGGGGCACAUGCUUCACAAAGUGGUCUAUCUCACCACCAUAAUUUGUCCUCUGAAAGCUCAUCUAAGAGUAGUGAUGUUUCUACAAUACCUCAUUCUUAUGCCAACCACAAUAAUGCAAGGACCUUUGAUCAGGUCCGAAGGGAAGCUAAUUGCAAUCAAGGUGCUCAUGUUGAGAAAGGUAGAAGAAAUGUUAAACCUGAUAACCCCCUGGGUGAUGUUCCGGGAAGGUUUUUAUUUGCAAGAACACGUUCUAGUCCUGAGCUGACUGACUCAUAUGGUGAUGUUUCUUCACAAGGAAGGCGUACAAGAACCCCAGAAAGUGGGAAAGGCCUAAAUUCCUCCACAAAGUUAGAGAAUAUUCAUAGGAAGCAUCUUGAUUCUGACACGGCUGUAAGUUAUGGUGUUAGAAUUGACAAUUCAUCUGCUAGGCACAUAUUGUCUCAUCAAGUUCUUGAUAGUGCUACUGAUUCAAACAAUGGUUCAAGUAGUUAUGAUGAUGAAUCAGGCUCUGGUGUCAUGGGUGAAGAGUAUGCAUCUGUUGCAGCAGGAGGUGGAACACACAUGAUGCAUCAGGAGGAGCAGGAUCUUUUGAACAUGAUGGCAUCUACCACAGCUCAAGGUUUCACUGGUCAGGCUCACAUUCCGGUGAGUUUAGCUCCAGGUCACCUACCACUUCCAUUUUCACCUUCCAUUAUUGCGUCAAUGGGAUAUGCUCAGAGAAACAUGGGUAACAUUCCCUUGAUCCAGGCUUCUUGGGGUACUAAUAUGCAAUUUCCCCAUGGUUUAGUCCCUUCACCAUUGACUCCAUAUUUGCCUGGCAUAGGAUUGACCUCAAAUCCUGAAGAUUUAACUGAAACUGGUAAUGAGAAUUUCAGUUCUGUUGAAACGAUCCCAGCAGAAGCUGACAAUGAUUUCUGGCAUGAUCAAGAAAGGGCUUCUACUAGUGAGAUUGAAGUUGAUGAUGGAAAUUUUGAAAUGCUUCCAGAUGAUAAGCAACAGUCAACUUCAGGUGGUUAUAACUUUGUCCCAUCAUCUCAUGAUGGCAGCUCUAGUAAUUCUGCUAGACUUCAGCCAAAGUUUACUAAAGAAAACAGAGGUUCAACAAGAGAAGAGCACAAAGAUACUUCUCAAUAUCAAGAUGGCAGAGGAAAUGACGUUUAUUUUGAUGAUAGAAUAGCAAAUUCUAGGUUGUAUGGUGCACCACCUUCAAGUUCCUUCAGGAGUAAGACAUCUUCUGGAAGCUCUUGGGAAGGAUCAUCACCAAAAUCGUCAAAACCAACCAGGGAUAAAAGAGGGAAGAAAAAUACUCCCUCAGUGUCGUCUACUGUUUACGGGAUGGGCAAGAAUGCCUCAGAUAUUUCAUCUAAACUAGAGGAUGAUGAAAACAGACAGUGGACUUCUUUGUCAACUGUGGCAUCCGAUAUGUCAGAAAGAAGCACUGGGUCACUGGCUGUUACUCCCAUGCAUGUUCCAAGGCAGCAAUUAUCUGGUUUUGAAGCAGCUCAGACAAGUGGAUCAGAGUCUCUGUUACCCAUAGCUCCAGUGCUUCUAGGUCAUGGCUCUCGCCAAAGAGCAAUUGAUAAUUCUGGGGCUGUUCCAUUUACAUUCUAUCCUACAGGGCCACCAGUACCAUUUGUUACGAUGCUUCCAUUAUAUAAUUUUCCUACUGAAUCUCCUGAUACAUCAGCAAGCAGUUUCAAUGUGGAAGAAAGGGUGGAUAACAGUGAUUCUGGUCACAAUAUUGAUCCAUCUGAAGUAUAUGACCAACCUGAGGUGUUGAGCCCUUCCAAUUCUAUGAGAAGAGUUGCUGUUGUCUCAUCAGAGCCCAAUCCCAAUCCUGACAUUCUUAACAGUGACUUUGUUAGCCAUUGGCAAAAUUUGCAGUACGGGCGAUUUUGUCAAAAUUCUCGCCAUCCUCAUUCAGUUAUCUAUCCUUCGCCUGUUAUGGCACCUCCUGUUUAUUUGCAGGGCCGUUUUCCUUGGGAUGGUCCUGGAAGACCACUCUCAGCUAAUAUGAAUCUUUUCACUCAGCUUACAAGCUAUGGGCCACAUCUAGUACCUGUUGCUCCUCUCCAUUCAGUUUCUAAUAGACCAGCCAAUAUUUACCAACGGUUGGUAGAUGAGAUACCACGGUAUCGAAGUGGGACUGGAACUUACCUGCCAAAUCCUAAAGUUUCUGUUCGGGAUCGAAAUUCUACAAGUACGAGAAGGGGUAAUUACAACUACGAUAGAAGUGACCACCAUGGUGACAGAGAAGGAAAUUGGAAUAUGAAUUCAAAAUUGCGAACAACUGGGCGUGGCCAUAAUCGCAGCCAAACUGAGAAGUCUAACUCAAAGCCAGAAAGGUUGGCAACAAGUGAAAGCCACGCCGAAAGACCAUGGGGUUCACACAGACAUGACUCCUAUAUUUCUCACCAGAAUCACAAUGGUCCUGUCCGCUUAAAUUCCUCACAUAACAAUUCUGCAAAUGUGGCUUACGGAAUGUACCCUCUACAAGGCAUGAGCUCCAGUGGGGUCUCAUCAAAUGGACCAACAAUUCCAUCUGUUGUAAUGUUGUAUCCUUAUGAUCAUAAUGCUGGCUACAGCUCACCGGCUGAACAGCUUGAGUUUGGAUAUGUGGGACCCAUGGGUAUCUCAGGUGUCAAUGAACUAUCACAGCCGAAUGAGGGAAGUCAAUCUGGCGGAGCAUUUGAGGAGCAAAGGUUUCGUGCUGGCACUGCUCAACAAUCCUCACCAGAUCAACCCUCUUCACCCCAGGUUCCAAGGGGGCUUUAAUUUUAUUGGCAUAUCAGUGGCCAGGGGAAAUUAUCAAAUGAAAGAGGAGGAUUGUCCUCUUGCUUAUCAAGACCAGGCAGGGGGGAAUGUAAGCGGCGAAAACUAUGAUGUGAAACCCGCCCUUUUCAAGACAUUCUUGUUCUCACCCCAAUCUUGAAAAGAAAGAACUUAGCUCUAUCACUGAUUCAUCUUUCUUGUGAAGGCCCCUCGUUUGUUCCCCCUGCCUCUUGCAUGUACACUUACAGGUGAUUAACCCACUUUGUUUACAUUUUCCCAUCCAAGACCCUGUUUAAGGAUGAUGAUGAAGAACCGUAGUGGCUAAGAGGAUGCAGUAUUCGGUGAUUAGUUUUUCAUUUGAGGUUUGGACACAAUUGUAACCCAAUCAAAUUACAACACUGGCUUAGGUUCAGAAAUUUAACCAUGUUACAUUUUUGUCAGCUUCUCUCUCACACAAUGUCGUAGCGUAGGGCUUCUGUUUUACAAGAUGCAGUAGAUCUAUGUUGAACUCUUGAAAAAUGUCAACAGUGUAACAAUAACAUUGUCAGAAAAAUAAUAUUAGAUGUCAUUUGCAUGUGGCUUCC